AUGGCUACCGUCGAACCAAUCCAGAACGGCACCUCCAACAAUGUUUCCCAGCCACUUGCACCGGCAAAUGCCGCCGCCGCCGCCGAACAACCCUCCACAAACCCUUCAACCGAUGCACCCGAAUCCGAGGCGGUUCCGGCACCUGAAGCUGCCGCAACCGGCAGUACCACCACCACUCCGCCGGAGAAGAGAUGGCCUGGUUGGCCCGGCCACUGCGUGUUCCGGCUCAUCGUGCCGGUGCUCAAAGUCGGCAGCAUAAUUGGGCGGAAGGGCGAGCUCAUUAAGAAGACAUGUGAAGAGACUCGAGCUCGCAUUCGCGUUCUAGAUGGUGCUGUCGGCACUUCCGAUCGAAUCGUACUUAUAUCAGGGAAGGAAGAUCCAGAGACAGCAUUCUCUCCUGCAAUGGAUGCUGUAAUGAGGAUUUUUAAGCGUAUAUCGGGAUUAUCUGAAACUGAGGGCGAGAAUAUGACAUUGGGAGCUUCCGGGGGCAAUUUUUGUUCUAUCCGUUUAUUGGUAGCAUCAACACAGGCCAUCAAUUUGAUUGGAAAGCAGGGCUCGUUAAUCAAAUCCAUACAGGAAAGCACUGCUGCUUCUGUUAGAGUAUUGUCAGGAGACGAGGUGCCAUUUUAUGCUGCGGCCGAUGAAAGGAUUGUAGAGCUGCAGGGAGAAGUCUUGAAGGUGCUUAAGGCACUGGAAGCAGUAGUUGGGCACCUGAGGAAAUUUUUGGUGGAUCAUACUGUUCUUCCCCUAUUUGAGAAAACUUACAAUGCAACAAUCUCCCAAGACCACCAGGUGGAUACCUGGGCUGACAAGCCAUCGCUGUAUAGUGCUUCCCAACCUUCCAUUGUUGCUGAUGUUUCUCUUCCAACAAAAAGGGAUGCUCUCUUUGUUGAGCGUGAGAAUCAAUUGGAUUCAUUACUCCCUUCCUCCUCAGUGUCACUGUACAGGCAAGAUUCUUCACUUUCUGGUCUUCGUUCUUCAGCUCUGGGCCGUGCUGCUGGUGCUCCUAUUGUUACUACGGUAAUACAAACAAUGCAAAUACCACUGUCCUAUGCAGAGGACAUAAUUGGUAUACAAGGGACUAAUAUUGAUUACAUUCGCCGUACUAGUGGAGCCAUAUUGACGGUGCAGGAGAGCAGAGUGCCUGAUGAAAUUAUUGUGGAAAUAAAAGGCACCUCAUCUCAGGUUCAGUUGGCACAACAACUGAUUCAGGAAGUGAUAACUAAUCACAAAGAGCCUGCCGCUAGUGCUUACAGCAGGUUAGAUGCCGAUCUGAGGUCUACUUACGCCCAAUUGGGCAGUACAUCAUACUCAUCAUCUUCGUUGUCCACGCAACCUUACAGCGGUUAUGGUUCUUCUGGUCUUGGAGGCUACAGUUCUUUCAGACUUUAAAAUGGUUUCGCUGUAUUCACAAGGAAUCGAUUUCUAGUUAGUUUGUUCUAAUAUAUAUGUUGGGUUCCACAUGUUUUUUUUUUGUUUCUUUUUUUAUGAUAUCAUGUAAUCUGGUAUUGUGGCUAAGAGUGGAGUAGUGCCAUAGAAAAUGUAACACAAUAUUAGUCAAUUUCAUUAUUUUAGUUUGUACUUUGUAGUGUAUAUUAUGAGAAUUGUAGGUUUUCACUAGCAACUACUCACCAAAUUAUGAGCAACUAAUCAUACCUUUUCUUUUUUGGUGUCGUUA